CAGGUAUACGACAUCGUGAACACCGUGAACUGGAGCUGCCCUGCCCUGUUCCUGCGAACCUUACCUUACCAUUCUUGUUGGCUGGGAACCUUCAUCAUCACCACACGUCCACACCCGCACAUACACCAACCCCAGCGCUUUACGAAUUCGUCCACGACCGCUCACUAGAACCACCAAUAUGAAGCUCUCAUCGGUAAUUCUAGCAGCAUCGUCUGCCUCAGCUGUCUCCAUCCCCACCUUUAGCGACCUCUACACUGGCAUCCUCCAGCAGACGCCAUUCACCAGUGGCGAGAAGUACCUGAUCGAGCUCUCGCCAUCCGAUCGAAGAUGGGUGUCCGAGGACGAGAAGUGGGCGCUCAGACGUGAUGGCAUUCGCUUCUUCGAUGUCACGGAUCAUCAGGAUGCGGGUGUGUCGACCUUUACGAGCAAGAACAAGGUCACAUAUCCCAAGAAACCUGCCCAAAACGAGACAGUCUCGGAGCUGCUCAAGAGCUUGGAUCAGAAGAAUAUGCGGAAGCAUCUCGAAACCUUUACUAGCUUUCACACCCGAUACUAUAAAAGCGACUACGGCAGACAGUCUUCCGAGUGGCUGUUCGAUCAGGUCAAUCAGACUCUCAGUGCCGCAGGGCCUGUCGGUAUCGUUCAAUACUUCAAGCACCCUUGGGGACAAAACAGCAUCAUCGCUACGUUGCCGGGGAAAAGCGAGAAGACGGUGGUGAUCGGAGCGCAUCAGGAUAGCAUCAAUUUGUUCCUACCGUCUAUUCUGGGAGCGCCCGGAGCCGACGACGACGGUAGUGGGACUGUAACUAUCCUCGAGGCACUUCGCGUGAUCUUGCAGGACGACGAUAUCGCGCAUGGUAGAGCCAAGAAUACCUUGGAGUUCCAUUGGUACAGUGCUGAAGAAGGUGGGUUGCUUGGCUCGCAAGCGAUCUUCAGUGCAUACGAGAAGCAGGGUCGAGAUGUCAAGGCAAUGUUACAGCAAGACAUGACGGGAUAUACUCAUGGCACCAAAGAGGCGGGUGAGCCUGAAUCGGUCGGCGUGAUCACCGACUUCGUCGAUCCUGCCCUCACCGAAUUCAUCAAGAAGGUCGUCUCAACAUACUGCACGAUCCCGUACGUUGAGACCAAGUGCGGUUAUGCUUGCUCGGAUCAUGCAUCUGCCAGCAAAGCUGGUUAUCCGUCUGCCUUUGUGAUUGAGUCGGACUUUCAAUACUCGGACAAGAAAAUCCAUACCACGGAAGACAAAAUUGACUACCUCGACUUCGACCACAUGUUGCAGCAUGCGCGCUUGACACUAGGACUGGCCUAUGAGCUUGCGUUCGCCGCUUUCGAUUAGCGUACCUAGGUAUCAUCAGGACUGUGCGAAGAUAUCUCCUGCAGGACCGCGAACGUUCAUGUAUGCAACAUCAGUCACACGGGGGAGGGUGGCAAAAGAGUUGUCGCAUUCUUGAACGUCUUCUUGCAGAUGUAUUGGCUCCAAGAUUGGACUGGCUAUGUAUAGACAAGACGAUUAUCGAUUUCUUUUUUUUUCGAAGUGGUAAAGAAAGUGGUACGAAAGGCAUGCAAUGAUCGGCAUACUUAUCAUUCCGAGACUGCGGACCAGGUGGACCAUUCUGGGGUUUGUGGGUAUGCAAUCGAGAGACCCACCAUCAAAACCUGUCAAACUGAUCGGAUUGCACGUGCUGUGCGUGUUCUCCGCAUUCUAAUCGUUUUGUCUGCCAUCUUGAGGCCCUUGAGAUCUCAUUCCAUCCAGCACUGCAUACCGAUUUGGAAAGGCUGCUUCCAAUGUGUGCGCUCUAGUUGCUGGUACUGACGUUUCAGCUUUCUUGCUGCGUCCAUGCGUUGGCACUUGGCAAUAUCAGGUCAUUCCACUGACCAAGAGAGCACUGUCGCUUGCCCAGUAUCGAAUGCUUCUAGCGGCUCGUACAUGCAGCUAGAAAAACGUUGUGCGAGGGAUUCUCGUCUGCAUGCGCGUCUAUUGGAGUUGCAUCGCAUUGCGCCCGCCGCCUGCCCCAACCACAUCUUCAGUGACGGAUGACAGCGAGAGAAGUCUUCCCAUUGUCAAUAGGCAUGCGAUAGGAGCACAGCGUGAUUUGAUUCAUGCGGUGCUGGACCAUGCUGCAAGGAGGGAGGCCUUUCGACAGCCACCGCAUGCAGAGAUCCGGAGCGUCUCACAUAGAUUUCUUGCUAUCAGCCUCACACGACCAUCAUGGGUGCGCCGGUCCAUAGGGGCGAUGCCAAGGUGGAAGAGGAGGCAGUGUUGAUACCGUCGGAAGACUGAGUGUCCGAAAGGAGGAACAGCAUUAGACGGUAGUGGUCGACCGAUCGGCUGCUCUCGUGGUUGAGGGAGGUCUUGCGCGUUGGCAAGCACACUCGCGAGCCACACCUUCCCUCCAGAAGCGGCGCGCUAGAGGCGUGCCUGCAUUCACUCGAUUUAAGCGAUUCUAAAAGUGGCUGUUGAUAGUCCGUUCGUUACAGCGUCGCACAGCACUGGAAGUUUUGGCCGGACUGCUAUAACUCGAUCCACUACCUCGUGUGCUCUACCACCCGGCCACACUCUUCGCAGCACAGCCUUAUUGGCCUCCUCUGGACACAAGCAUCAACGACUGGUGCUCGAGCUGCAACUUCCCGCGCGUGGACAGGACGCGAGGCACACAUAAGAAGGCGCCAGCUUCACAUACCUCCCGACCCCAAGACAUUCACAAGCCUUCCAGCCACUGGCCAAGGCCAACGAACGCAUCUGGUCUUCCAGCGUACACAUAUCAACCCUCCGCGCCUGGUAUUGACUCACAUUCGUUUCACAAGCCCGCCUUCACUCCACAGCCAUGCUGUUCCUCGCUCUACCUUCGCUUUUCGCCGCUCUGAGCUAUGCUCUUCCUCAGGAGGCGGCCUGUGCUACCAUCACCAAGCAGAUCAUUGUGCCGACCAGAACUGCAACAUACUGGUCCACUGCGAUCGUGACUGUCUCUCCGACCACGGCUAAGAACCUGGGAAUUUUCACGCUCAUCACCACCAUCUCGGACACGACCACCGUCCAGACCUUGACCAGUACGACGACCUCGUGUGCGGCGAGUGGUACUGUCUUUGUACCGGUAUCGACAACUACCGUGUACGGUAAAUCGAACUUUGCCAAACGCCAGCUCGGCCUGAAUCCACGACAAUAUGCGGACUGUACCACGACAGUCACUUCCUACACCACGUACGGCCAGACCUACACAUGGGCUCCAGCUGGAGAGACGGCCACCUUCUACGACUACUCCGCCUUUUCCCAGACCACCGUGACCAGCGUCAAGACUGGCGGUAGAGCAUUUGCCAUUGCCACCUCGAUGGUAACCAAGCCCGUCACCUGUGGAACCCAGACCAUUACCCAGAAAGGCCAAACAUCGACUGUGACUCUGGACCCAAAAUGCUCGCCGAGCUCGAUGAUUAGCCAGUACAACGACUACGGCAUUUCGUACCUAUCAGAUACCCCAUCAGCUGGUGCGACGUGGAAGACGAGCACGACUGAUGCUUCACAAUGCUGCCAGCUGUGUGCGACAUCUUGGCAGUGUGCCUCGUCUGCGUGGGACAUUCGUAGUGGCGAGUGCAGGUUGGAAUUCCCUGUUACGUGGAACACUGGCGAUCUGAACUGCGGCAAUGGCCUGCUCGCAUACUACGAUGCUGGCCCAGCUAAUCCAAUGGCCCCCGGUACUGGAUGGUACAUUGCAAAGCUUUGCGGCGACGCGACCUUUGGUGCUGCACAGCCAGACGAUGGCUCAUAGAGCCGUCCGGGCAUCAUAUGAUGAUGACUUCUUCGUCUCUUUCUGGGCUCAAGGUAAUGAUAUGGAUGGCAGGAACAGCGCUGCAGAUCGUCAGCAAAAUGUUGAACGGAGCAUGUCUUAGUUCUACUUGACUUGUAUCAGCAACUCAUGUAUAUACACUGUACGACUGACGAGUGAUGGCGUUGUGACGGGGCGCAUAGCAGCAAGUACCAAAUAUACG